AUGCUUACAAAACCUUUUUCUAGCGCACUUCCAUUAUAUUAUUCCGUGCGAACUUUUCACGUUAAAAGCAGAAAUUUCUCCGAACCCAUUUCCCUGAAAAAGCAAAAACCAGAGAAAAACCGAAUUUCAAGAUAUAGUCUUGACGAAAAUAGUGCAGACAAUCCAAUUAUCAUUGACAAUAGGAAACAACCCGAUCAAUUAAAUCAAAAGCUUGAACCAAUAAUAAAAUAUGUACAAUAUCCUUACUUCGUACACCGUACAAAAAAUAAAAGUUUGCCCGUUUAUUCAGACUUUAGGAAUGGUAAAUCAAGAAUUCUGACAGUGAUAAGAAGAAUUGAAGGUGAUAUCCAGGCCCUUCGUAAUGACAUUAGAAAGGAGGUCUUUCCUUAUGAUACACCCAUCAACUCCAUGAUUUCGAUUAAUCACACCAGCAAUCAAGUGGUAAUUAAGGGAAAUUAUGUCUUCAAAGUAAAGAAAUGGUUUAUCAAUAAGGGAUUUUAA